AUGGCAUUCACAUUGAACUUCCUCAGUGUGGCUGGUCCAGAUAUUGACCCUACACACUUGCCUCCCCCUGCUGACUACCCGCUAUGGAACCGUCGGAUACAACCUACCUGGCUCACCCCACAGACCUCACAGCCCACAUGGACAGCCCCCACACGCCAGAGUGACCUGCUCAGUUGCAGCGGGAGCCAAGAAAUGUGCCUGUUGGCACUCACCCCACCGGCUAGAGCCCCGUGGAAAACUUAUUUGGCUUUUUGCCUCAGCCGCUGCAGCUUUGUGCCCCCCGUCGCCGCGGCUUUUUGCCCCCCGCUUCCGCUUUUAGUGGCUAUUUCCCCCCGCCGCCAUGUUUUUUGCGGCUUUUUCCACCCGCAGCCGCGGCUUUUUGCCCCCCCCUCCCCCCGCCCCCAUGCCUCGGAUUUUUGCCGCCGCGGCUUUUUGCCCCCUCGACGCCGCGGCUUUUUGCCGCCCCCAGUUUUUGAACCCGCCGCCAAGGUUUUUGCCCCUGGCGCCGUGGCUUUUUCCCGCUGCCGCUUUUUCCCCGCCGCCAAGGCUUUGUGCCUCCGAGGCUUUCUGCGCUCCGCGGCUUUUUACCCCCGCCGCCGCGGAAUUUUGACCCCGCGGCCGCAGCUUUUUGCCUCCGCGGCUUUUUCCCGCCGCCACUUUUUGCCCCCGCCACCGCGGCUUUUUGCCCCCCACCGCCGCGGGUUUUUGUCCCCGCUGCCGCUGCUUUUCUCGGGUUUUUGUCCCCCGCAUCCGCGCCUUUUUGCCCCCAUCGCCGCCGCUUUUCCCGGCUUUUUGCCUCCCAGUGCCGCGGCUUUUUGCCCCCGCCGCCACUUUUGGCGGCUUUUUGACCCCGCUGCCGCCCCUUUUCACAGCUUUUUGUCCCCCGCCGCCGCAGCUUUUUGCCCCCCGCCACGGCUUUUUGCCCCCGCCAUGGCGGCUUUUUGUCCCCGCCGCCGCGGCUCUGAGGGCGGGAGCGGCAGACUCCGUUGCCAGCGUCCUGGCUCGGGCAGCGCCGAGGGGCGCUCCCGCUCCAGCUCUCCCGGCUCCCGGGUUCCUCCCCCAGGCUUGGAACUCCUGACGCUUGUUAAGAGCAAUGGACAGAUGUGCAUGAAUGCGCAGGGAGAGAUGCAUGGUGUGUCCCCGUAUUUCAAGACAGAGCCUGUGCGGACACAGGUGCAUCUGGAAGGAAACCACCUGGUGCUCACAUGCAUGGCCGAGGGCAGCUGGCCGCUGGAGUUCAAGUGGCUCCACAAUGACAGGGAGCUAACCAAGUUCUCCCUGGAAUACAGAUAUAUGAUCACCAGCCUGGACCACACCCACGCUGGCUUCUACUGUUGCAUCGUGCGGAACCGAAUGGGGGCCCUGCUGCAGCAGCAAAUCGAGGUCCAGGUGGCCUACAUGGGGAGCUUUGAGGAGGGUGAGAAGCACCAGAGCGCCUCCCACGGAGAAGGAGCUGUCAUCCGUGCCCCGCGCAUCGUCAGCUUCCCCCAGCCACAGGUGACCUGGUUCCAGGAUGGCUGCAAGAUCCCGCCCAGCAGCCGCAUAGCCAUCACGCUGGAGAACACCCUUGUCAUCCUGUCAACGGUGGCCCCUGAGGCAGGUCGCUACUAUGUGCAGGCUGUUAACGACAAGAACAGGGAUAACAAGACCAGCCAGCCCAUCACGCUCGCCGUGGAGAAUGUAGGGGGCCCUGCAGACCCCAUCGCACCCACCAUCAUCAUCCCACCUAAAAACACCAGCAUGGUGGCCGGGACCUCGGAGGUUAUCUUGGAGUGUGUGGCCAAUGCCAGGCCCCUGAUCAAGCUACAUAUCAUUUGGAAGAAGGACGGGGCGUUGCUGUCAGGCGGCAUCAGUGACCACAACCACCGGCUCACCAUCCCCAACCCUACUGGCAGCGACGCCGGCUACUAUGAGUGUGAGGCUGUCCUGCGCAGCAGCAGCGUCCCCACUGUCGUCCGGGGCGCCUACCUCUCAGUGCUGGAACCGCCUCAGUUUGUCAAGGAGCCAGAAAGACACAUCACUGCAGAGAUGGAGAAAGUGGUGGACAUCCCCUAUCAGGCCAAAGGUGUGCCGCCGCCCUCCAUCACCUGGUACAAAGAUGCAGCCAUGGUGGAGGUGGAGAAGCUGACCCGCUUCCGGCAGCGCAGCGAUGGAGGCCUGCAGAUCAGCGGCCUGGUGCCCGAUGACACCGGCAUGUUCCAGUGCUUCGCCCACAAUGCAGCCAGAGAGGUGCAAACUUCCACCUACCUGGCUGUCACCAGCAUCGCCCCUAACAUCACCAGAGGCCCCCUGGACAGCACGGUGAUCGACGGCAUGUCAGUGGUGCUAGCAUGUGAGACCUCGGGGGCGCCCCAACCAGCUAUCACUUGGCAGAAAAGGGAGCGCAUCUUGGCCAGUGGCUCUGUGCAGCUGCCUCGCUUCACACCCCUGGAGUCGGGCAGCCUCCUCAUCAGCCCCACACACAUCUCCGAUGCGGGGACCUACACCUGCCUGGCCACCAACUCUCAGGGGGUCGACGAGGCCCCAGCAGACCUAGUCGUUUGGGCUCGGACCCGCAUCACCAAGCCCCUCCAGGAUCAGAGUGUCAUCAAGGGCACCCAGGCGUCCAUGGUGUGCGGCGUGACCCACGACCCCCAAGUGACCAUCAGGUACAUUUAGGAGAAGGACGGGGCCACCCUGGGCAUGGAGAGCAAUCCUCGUAUCCUCCUGGACAGAAACGGCUCCCUGCACAUCUCACAGACGUGGUCGGGAGACAUCGGCACAUACAUCUGCCGGGUGAUCUCAGCGGGAGGCAAUGACUCUCACAGUGCCCACCUGCGAGUCAGGCAACUGCCCCACGCGCCCGAGCACCCAGUGGCCACUCUCAGCACCGUGGAAAGGUGAGCCAUCAACCUGAUGUGGACCAAGCCCUUUGAUGGCAACAGCCCCCUGAUUCGCUACGUCCUGAAGAUGUCGGAGAACAAUGCCCCCUGGACUGUACUCCUGGCCAGUGUGGACUCCAAAGCUACCUCAGUGACAGUCAAGGGCCUGGUUCCUGCACGCUCCUACCAGUUCCGUCUUUGUGCCGUCAACGACGUGGGGAAAGGACAGUUCAGCAAAGACACCGAGAGGGUCUCCCUCCCCGAGGAGCCCCCCACGGCCCCUCCACAGAACGUCAUCUCCAGCGGUCGAACCAACCAGUCCAUCAUGAUCCAGUGGCAGCCGCCUCCUGAGAGCCACCAGAAUGGAAUUCUCAAGGGCUACAUCAUCAGGUACUGCCUGGCCGGGCUGCCCGUGGGGUACCAGUUUAAGAACAUCACAGAUGCUGAUGUGAACAACCUGCUGCUGGAGGAUCUCAUCAUUUGGACCAACUACGAGAUCGAGGUGGCUGCUUACAACAGUGCCGGGCUGGGGGUCUACAGCAGUAAAGUCACCGAGUGGACGCUGCAGGUAGUUCCCACGGUCCUUCCGGGCAACGUGCACACAGAAGCCACCAAUUCCACGACCAUCCGCUUCACCUGGAAUGCAACCAGUCCCCAGUUCAUCAACGGCAUCAACCAGGGCUACAAGCUGAUCGCCUGGGAGCCAGAGCAGGAAGAGGAGGUUACCAUGGUGACCGCCCGGCCUAACUUUCAAGACAGCAUCCACGUGGGCUUCGUGUCUGGCCUGAAGAAGUUCACCGAGUACUUCACCUCGGUGCUGUGUUCCACCACCCCCAGAGAUGGGCCACACAGCACCCCACAGCUGGUGCGCACCCAUGAGGAUGUGCCUGGGCCCGUGGGACACCUGAGCUUCAGUGAGAUCCUGGACACAUCACUGAAAGUCAGCUGGCAAGAGCCGGGAGAGAAAAAUGGCAUCCUCACAGGGUACCGGAUCUCCUGGGAGGAGUACAAUCGAACCAACACCCGUGUGACCCACUAUCUGCCCAACGUGACCCUGGAGUACCGUGUCACGGGCCUCACCGCGCUCACCACCUACACCAUCGAGGUGGCCGCCAUGACCUGGAAGGGCCAGGGCCAAGUGUCUGCCUCCACCAUCUCCUCUGGGGUGCCCCCAGAACUCCCAGGGCCCCCCACCAACCUGGGCAUUUCCAACAUCGGCCCCCGCUCCGUGACCUUGCAGUUCAGGCCAGGCUACGAUGGGAAAACCUCCAUCUCCCGCUGGCUGGUGGAAGCCCAGGUAGGCAUGGUUGGGGAGGGAGAGGAGUGGUUGCUGAUCCACCAGGUCUCCAACGAGCCCGAUGCCUGCUACCUCAACCCCUUCACCUACUACAGCUUCCGCAUGCACCAGGUGAACAUCGUGGGCACCAGCCCCCCCAGUCAGCCUUCUAGAAAGAUCCAGACCCUGCAGGCGCCCCCUGACAUGGCCCCAGCCAAUGUGUCUCUGUGCACAGCCAGUGAGACCAGGCUGUGGCUGCGCUGGAUGCCUCUCCCGGAGAUGGAAUACAAUGGGAACCCUGAGUCCGUGGGCUAUAAGAUCAAGUACAGCUGGUCAGACGGGCACGGCAAGACGCUGAGCCACGUGGUGCAGGACCGUGUGGAGCAGGGCUACGCCAUCAAGGACCUGGAGGAGUGGACAGAGUACCGCGUCCAGGUCCAGGCCUUCAACGCCAGCAGGAGUUGGCCCUGGAGCCAGACGGUGGUGGGCAGGACCCGGGAGUCAGUCCCCUCUUCCGGCCCCACCAAUUUAUCUGCUCUGGCCACCACCUCCAGCAGCAUGCUGGUGCGCUGGAGCGAGGUCCCUGAGGCCGAUUGCAACGGGCUCGUGCUGGGCUAUAAGGUGAUGUAUAAGGAGAAGGACUCAGAUGCCCAGCCCCGAUUCUGGCUGGUGGAAGGCAACUCGUCUCGCAGUGCCCAGCUCACUGGCUUGGGCAAAUACGUGCUCUAUGAGGUCCAGGUCCUGGCCUUCACACGCAUCGGGGACGGCAGCCCCAGCCACCCUCCCAUCCUGGAGCGGAGGCUGGAUGAUGUCCCAGGACCACCCAUGGGCAUCCUGUUCCCAGAGGUGCGGACCACGUCUGUGCGGCUGAUCUGGCAGCCCCCUGCUGCUCCCAAUGGCAUCAUUCUUGCUUACCAGAUCACACACAAGCUCAGCACCACCACGGCCAACACCGCCACUGUGGAGGUGCUGGCACCCAGUGCCCGGCAGUACACAGCCACGGGCCUCAAGCCAGAGUCUGUCUACCUGCUCCGCAUCACGGCCCAGACCCGCAAGGGCUGGGGAGAGGCUGCCGAGGCCUUGGUGGUGACCACUGAGAAAAGAGACCGCCCGAAGCCCCCCAGCAGGCCGAUGGUGCAGCAGGAGGAUGUGAGAGCGCGCCGCAGCGUGCUGCUGUGCUGGGAGCCGGGGAGCAAUGGGCUCUCCCCUGUGCGCUACUACACCAUCCAGACCCGCGAGCUGCCCAGCGGCAGGUGGGCACUGCACUCGGCCUCCGUGAGCCACAACGCCUCCAGCUUCAUGGUGGACAGGCUGAAGCCCUUCACAUCCUACAAGUUCCGAGUGAAGGCGACCAAUGACAUUGGUGACAGCGAGUUCAGCGAGGAGUCGGAGUCACUGACCACCCUGCAGGCCGCCCCCGACGAAGCACCCACCAUCCUCUCCGUGACACCCCACACCACCACCUCCGUGCUAAUCCGAUGGCAGCCGCCAGCAGAGGACAAGAUCAAUGGCAUCCUCCUGGGCUUCUGGAUCCGAUACCGGGAGCUGCUCUAUGAAGGACUGAGGGGCUUCACGAUUCGAGGCAUCAAACCAGGGGCCACAUGGGCCGAGCUUACCUCCAUGUACUGCAUGCGGAACCUGAGCCGGCCCAGCCUCACGCAGUAUGAGCUGGACAACCUGAACAAGCACAGGAGGUACGAGAUACGGAUGAGCAUGUACAAUGCUGUGGGCGAGGGGCCCUCCAGCCCCUCGCAGGAGGUCUUCGUCGGGGAGGCGGUGCCCACAGCAGCACCUCAUAACGUGGUCGUCCACGGCACCACGGCCACACAGCUGGACGUGAAUUGGGAGCCACCUCCGCUGGACAGCCAGAAUGGAGACAUCCAGGGGUACAAGUUCGCAGAAAUAUUGUACAGCUGA